CAAAAAGACACGAUGGCGAACGGGUAUGAAUGCACUGUGCUCAAAUCAUAACACAGAGGCUAACAUCAGUAGCUGGGCACCAUUCAUCGGACUUUUAGUCACCGCGAUCUUCUGUGGAGCGGCAUGGUUCCUCGCCCCCAAGGGUGAGAACCAGACCGUCUGGCGCUCAACCCUCGUCCUUUCCGCCGCUGCAAUGUAUAUCAUGUGGGCCAUUACAUUCCUCGCACAACUCCACCCGCUCAUCUCGCCCAUACGGGACCACCUGCGACCGGAGUACAACCAAGGGUAGACAGAUCGAGUCGAGCGAUACUCUGCGGAGGAGGAGGAGGGACAAACGAGCUGCAAUAUAUUGAGAACUGGCGAAACGUACUGAGCUCCUGGCUGCUGAGCAUGUCGCAGAUGCUGGACAAGCAGAGCAGGGCAUUUCGACACUUGAGCGCAUUGUAUAGUUGGCUGGGCGUUAUGUGGAAUCUGGGUUGUAUAAAUAUAUGAAGCAUUUGAGCACAAUCGUUUCUGACCUCUGGCAUGAAUUUCGUGUACUACAAGCGAUGUGCUCGACAUGAACUGCGCCCGUAAACCUUGGCAUAGGGAAGAGCAAACAGGUAUUAUGUUGUAUCCUAUCCUAUAUCCCCCCGAACUGUUGUCUUACCCAACCCCCUUGAUCCAGCUCUCUACCCCUCCAAGAAUGCCUUCGAUCUCACCC